AUGACUGAUCUCAAUUCCUUAUCACAAAGAUUUCGACACAUGGCAGAGACUUCAGCAAACAAUUCUGUUGCUUCUGCAACGCCUAAUAACGGUGGCAUACGAAGUUUAGCCAUCAAUCCAAGUGAUGUUCUUGGUUCUUUCUAUGAUGCAACAAUAGAUCAAAUACUUCUGGAUAAGCUUUUACAAUUGGGUCGAACUCCAAUAAGUACCAUACCACUUAAGGAACCCCCUCUAUGUCGACUGAUGGACAUAGAUACAUUUGAUAUUCAAACACUAUUUCAUGAAAUUGGUAUUCACGAUGAAUUAUGGUUAGAUGUUACAUUAAAUAUUCUAACAGAAUUAGAAAUGCAUUCAUUAGUUAAUUGUCCAUUGCCAAAUGAUAUCAUUCAAAUCAGCGUAAUUUGGUUGUUUCAGCUGCAACUGUAG